CUUAAACACACGCCAUUUGCUGGAACGAUAGUAUGUACGAGGUUAUACGUGCGUAUGCGUAUUUGUACUAGACUGAAUCAUUCUUGUCGUGUUCAUGGCGUAGAUUGAAUAUUUUUCCGUGUACAUGUACUUGCACAACAAGUUAUUCCAUUCUGUAUACGAGUACUGAUUCCAGCCGAAAAUCUCCAACGCUCUAAACAUUCGUAGAUACUUCUACAAACAUAAGCGCACUGGGUUCAGUUUCCAGUACCAGAGAAGCAGACAUGAAGGUCACCGAAGACGAAGUUAAACAGCUAAUAGCAUCCGACAAAGUGGUCAUAUUUUCCAAGACAAGAUGCCCUUACUGCAAAAUGGCCAAGCAGGUGUUCGACAAAUUGAAAGAAAAAUAUACCGUCAUCGAGUUGGACGAGAGAGAAGAUGGGGACGAUAUCCAAGAUGUAUUGGGUGAAAUGACCUCUGCCAGGACCGUUCCUAGGGUGUUCGUUAAGGGAGUGUGUCUGGGAGGUGGCACGGAUAUAAAGAAACUGUACGACAGCGGAGAACUCAAGGAAAAGUUGUAGCAGAUGCAAACUUGUGUUUAUACUGCCAGAAUUAUUUACACGUUGAUUCUUUUUAUUUAAUGUAAUAAACACUGUUAUUUGACGGAAAA